UGUGCGGCCACCCCCGCAGCUGGGGCGGAACGUCUAGCGCAGCAUGGGGCAUGGGCCGUGAGCGCACUGUGUCUCGGUCUGCCCAGGCGCGGCCUUGUGCGAGCGUGCAUGUGCGAGCCCGGCCCGCCAGGCGUGGGAAAGGCACACUCACACUGGCUCGUCUGGUCGAGGCCUUUGCCCCGAUCCUUCCCAUUCUCCACUCUGUCUUGCCUGCCCAUCCUCUCUGCGCCGCUCCUGUCCAUUCUUCAAUACCCACCUGCAACCUUCCUGCCAGUCGACCAUCGUCAGCCCUCCCUCCACGACCACAUCACCGUCCUUCGCCCCAGGCUGUCUUGCUGGCGACAGGCUGCCGUCCUCGUCACCGUCGCCGUCGCCUCCGACUCCUAUUGCCGGAUGCCCGAUGCUCGCACGCACUUGUCACGAAUGAGCGCGUGGUCCCGGCGGCUCAGCACACUGCGUUUCUCCCGACGUGACCUCAGGGCGACAAAUCAACUGCAACAUAACGCAUGGUCUCGCGACCAGCCAAGGCCUCAACCACUGCUCAACCUGAGAACUCGAACUCAAAAUAUACUGUGCAGGGAGGAGAGGAGCAACGACCCGCAGACUCCAAUCAGUGCCAUACCUCUGACUGAGAGAACCUGGCUUGACUGAGCCUUCACGGCGCAUCAUGGCGAUCGCCAUGGGUUGGCAGAAGCCCGACAAUGUUGCUGGCUCCUCAGCGCCAGCAAUCAUGGUCGGGCUUUUCGUCGCCUCGGCUGGCUUGCUCUUCGGCUACGACACUGGGUGCGGAUCCCUGUC